CCGGUGAAGAAGAUCCGCAAGCAGAUCAAGCUGCUGCUGCUGCUGCUGCUGCUGACCUGCGCCGCGUGGCUCACGUACGUGCACCUGAGCCUGGGCCGCCAGGGCCGCGCGCCGCGCCAGCGCCGGGCCGACGGGCGAGACAGUGAGAAGCUGGCCGGUGUGACUGAGAGCCGAGGCGUCCGAGCCGCGCUGUCCACACAGAGGGCCGAGGAUUCCAGUGAGAGCCGGGAGGAGGAGCAGGCGGUGGAGGGUCAGGACCCAAACCUGCACUUUCCUGGGGGGCCACUGAACUUGACUCUUCAUAAUCCCCCAUGGCGGGAGGAGUACAAGGGCCAGGUGAACCUGCACGUGUUCGAGGACUGGUGUGGGGGUGCUGUGGGUCACCUGAGGAGGAAUCUACACUUCCCGCUUUUCCCCCACACUCGUACCACCGUAAAGAAGUUGGCUGUGUCUCCCAAGUGGAAAAAUUAUGGACUUCGGAUUUUCGGCUUCAUCCACCCGGCCAGAGAUGGAGACAUCCAGUUUUCGGUGGCCUCAGACGACAACUCGGAGUUCUGGCUGAGCCCGGACGAGAGCCCCGGCCAGCUGGGAGAGGUGUGGGAGCCCCUGCUUUCCCGGGCUCCUUGUCAGUCUGGGGACAUCAGGCUCAUGGCCUCCCGGAGGUACUACUUUGAACUGCUGCACAAACAGGACAACCAAGGCUCGGACCACGUAGAAGUGGGCUGGCGUGCUUUCCUGCCUGGCCUGAAGUUUGAGAUCAUCGACUCCGCCCAUAUCUCACUCUAUACAGAUGAGGCCGCCCUGAAGAUGGACCACGUGGCCCACGUCCCUCAGUCCCCCGCCAGCUACGUAGGGGGAGGGCAACUACCGGAGGAGCCCAGAGCCGACAUGCUGCGGCCCGAUCCCCGAGACACAUUCUUCUUGACUCCCCGAUUAGAGCCCGCUCACCUGGAAAAUGUGCUGGAAGCCUGUGCCUACGCUCCAACCUACGUGGUCAAGGACUUCCCUAUCGCCAGAUACCAGGGGCUACAAUUUGUGUACCUGUCCUUCGUUUACCCCAAUGAUUACACGCGCCUCACACACAUGGAGAUGGACAACAAAUGCUUCUACCGCGAGUCGCCCCUGUACCUAGAAAGGUUCGGGUUCUAUAAAUACAUGAAGAUGGACAAGGAAGACUUGGAUGGAGAGGAGGCCGAAGUGCAGCGCAGAGCCUUCCUCUUUCUCAACCCAGACGACUUCCUGGAUGACGAGGACGAGGGCGCGCUGCUGGACAGCUCGGAGCCCUCCGAGGUGGCGGGCCCACCCAGCCGGCCCCCCUCCCUAGCUGCUCCCACCGCCGCUGGGGCGACUCCCUGGCCACCGACACUGCCCGAGGUCCUGGACGCCAGGACCUCUCGCCGCUCGCGGGUGCUGAGCUGGGCCGCCCAGCCACCUCCCCGUCCACUUUUCCUGGGCCAAGCUCGGCGCCCGGACUCCAAGGCCCGGCCACCACCACCCAAGGUGUACGUGACGAGGGUGCGGCCGGGCAGACAGGCACUGCGCCGAGCCCCCGUACCCCUCCGACCCCGCGGCCCACCCUGGGCCCCCUUCCCCGGCGUUUUCCUCCACCCCAGGCCUUUGCCCAGGGUGCAGCUUCGGGCACCCCCGCGGCCAUUGCGGCCCCGUGGCCGCAGGACCAGCCUCCCUCUGGCCCGGGUGCAGGCCCCCCAGGGGGGCCAGGCCCGCACACCAGGACUCGCGGUGACCACCGCAGACUCGAACUCGUCUUCUGAGGUGCAGCCUGUGACCUCCUUCCUGAGCUUGUCUCAGGUGGCCAGGCUGGAGCUGCCUGGGGAGGGCGAGGAGGAGGAGGAAGGGGAGGAAGGUGGGGCCCCUGGCGGUGAUGAGGCCACAUCGGAGGACAGUGAGGAAGGCCAGGAGCGCCAGGGCCGCUGGCGGGAAGGGUCCAUUGACUGGCAGCGCACGUUCAGUGUGGCCGCUGUGGACUUCGAGCUGCUGCGCUCCGACUGGAACGACUUGCGCUGCAACGUGUCAGGGAACCUGCAGCUGGCCGAGGCUGAGGCCGUGGACGUGGUGGCGCAAUACAUGGAUCGACUCAAUGCACGCCAUGGCGGGCGCUUUGCGCUCCUGCGCAUUGUGAAUGUGGAGAAGCGCCGCGACUCGGCCCGCGGGAGCCGCUUCCUGUUGGAGCUGGAGCUGCAGGAGCGCGGGGGCGGCCGCCUGCGCCUGUCCGAGUACGUCUUCCUGCGGCUGUCAGGGGCCCGCGCCGCAGGGGACGCGGACGAAGACGUAGCGGAGGGGGCCGCAGCAAGCCCUGAACCCGCCGCCGCCUCGGUGCGCCCAGACAGCCGCCCGGAGCUCUGUCGGCCUCUGCGCCUGGCCUGGCGCCAGGAUGUGAUGGUGCACUUCAUCGUGCCAGUAAAGAACCAGGCGCGCUGGGUGGUGCAGUUCCUGGCGGACAUGGCCUCACUGCACGCGCGCACCGGGGACUCGCGCUUCAGCAUCAUCCUGGUGGACUUUGAGAGCGACGACAUGGACGUGGAGCAGGCCCUGCGGGCGGCGCGGCUGCCCGGGUACCAGUACCUCAGGCGAGCCGGCAACUUCGAGCGCUCAGCAGGGUUGCAGGCCGGAGUGGACGCUGUCCAGGACUCCAGCAGCAUCGUCUUCCUGUGCGACCUGCACAUUCACUUCCCCGUGAGCAUCCUGGACAGCGUCCGGAAGCACUGUGUGGAGGGCAAGCUGGCCUUCGCGCCUGUGGUCAUGCGCCUGGGCUGCGGCAGCUCGCCGGCAGACCCACACGGCUACUGGGAGGUCAACGGCUUUGGCCUGUUCGGGAUCUACAAGUCUGACUUCGAGCGGGUUGGGGGCAUGAACACGGAGGAAUUCCGAGACCAGUGGGGCGGUGAGGACUGGGAGCUCCUGGACAGGUGGGUGCCCCCCCCCAGCACACAC